UAACUUCAGAGUACAUAAAGGCAAGACAGCAUGCAGCCCACAUCAGUCUUAAAGCAGUGAUACGUUUUUGUGCAUGUAGAAUUCUGACUAUGGCUUUAAUUGAAGCAUUCCUGUUGCAGGGUUCUCCCACAGGUACAAUACUGGGUGCCCUUUUGCUGUUUUUGGUUAUUUAUCUCUUUUCCAGCAGCUCCAGCUCUCAGGAUAAGGAGAAAUAUCCUCCAGGACCCAAACCUCUGCCUCUGCUUGGGAAUCUGCACAUUCUCGACCUCAAGAAAACCUACUUGAGCCUUUUGGAGCUGUCGAAAAAAUACGGGCCAAUUUACACGGUGUAUUUGGGGCCUAAAAAGGUGGUAAUACUGUCAGGAUACAAAAUAGUCAAGGAGGCACUAGUGAACCUUUCAGAGGAGUUUGGAGAUAGAGAUAUUUCACCCAUAUUCCAUGAUUUCAACCGUGGAUAUGGCAUUGCGUUUUCCAAUGGUGAAAACUGGAGAGAAAUGAGACGCUUUGCUCUGUCCACCCUACGAGACUUUGGAAUGGGCAGAAAGAGAAGCGAAGAGCUGAUCAUUGAAGAGAUUAAAUAUGUAAAGGAGGAAUUUGAGAAGUUUGGAGGAAACCCAUUUGAAACAAAACUGCCCUUAGCCUUGGCCAUUUCGAACAUCAUCGCUUCAAUUGUCUUCAGCGUCAGAUUUGAGUACAGCAACACUAAGUUACAUCGCAUGGUCGGACGGGCUUAUGAAAACAUGAAGUUGACUGGAUCUCCUUCUGUUCAGAUCUACAACAUGUUCCCUUGGCUUCGUCCCAUUGUGGCGAAUCGGAAUCAAAUUGUGAAGAAUCUCAGAGAUACCUUUAAACAAAAUGAGGAAUUAAUAAAUGGUGUAAUGAAGACUUUGGACCCUUUUAACCCCAGAGGAAUUGUUGACAGUUUCCUCAUACGACAGCAGAAGGAUGAGGAAUCUGGCAAAACAGACUCACUGUACAAUUCAAACAAUUUAUAUUGUACUGUUAACAACCUGUUCGGGGCUGGUACCGAUACUACAGUCACAACAUUACGUUGGGGUCUUCUGCUAAUGGCCAAAUACCCUGAAAUACAAGCCAAGGUUCAAGAUGAGAUUGAACGAGUGAUCGGUGGACGUCAGCCAGUUGUAGAGGACAGGAAAAACUUACCAUAUACAGAUGCUGUGAUCCAUGAAAUUCAAAGAUUUGCAGACAUUUCACCCAUCGGUGCCCCCCGUCAGACCACAUGCGAUGUUCAUCUGAACGGAUAUUUCAUCAAAAAGGGCACCCCUGUGUUCCCACUACUGGUCUCUGUGUUGAGGGAUGAAAAUGAGUGGGAAACGCCUGACAGCUUUAACCCAAAACACUUUCUAAAUAAACAGGGACAGUUUGUGAAAAAGGACGCCUUCAUGCCCUUCGGUGCAGGACGCAGGGUUUGCAUUGGAGAGAGUUUGGCCAGGAUGGAGCUCUUCCUCUUCUUCACGUCUCUCCUUCAGUAUUUCCGCUUCACUCCUCCUCCUGGAGUGUCUGAAGAUGAUCUAGAUCUCACACCAGUAGUGGGCUUCACACUGAAUCCGAAGCCACACCAACUGUGUGCAGUGAAACGGUCUUAGAAACAUCAUACAUGCUGUUAAAAUAUUAUCUCUCAUUGUAUUAACACUAUUUUUUGCUUGUAUAUUUACCAGCUUUCCAUUUGAAGCAGAUUCAUUGUUUAUCGCUUUUUUUUUUAUAUAAAUAACACUAGCAGACCUCGCUGUUCUUCAGUGUAAGAGCAUGCUAAGUAUGUAAAUACAUUUAGCACAGAAAAAUAAAUCAAAGACAGUUAGUAAAACCUAAAACUGAAGUGCAAUUGUGAUUUUUGUUCUUCUUUUUUUUCCUGAAAGCUCUAAUAGUGCUGUUGUUGCCUCAUUGUACUGAGCUAAGUACAUUUGACUGUGUCCCUGUUCCUAUUCUGACCUUUGCACUUUCUAUUAUUUGACUGUUUCUGCCACUUUAUCCUCCAAGAUUUGCAAUUAAUAUGUCUUUCUAUGCUAUUUUAGUAUUUUUAGCUAUAAAUCAGAGAUAAAUGUUUGAUAUGAGUACAUGAGCAAUUUGUUUAUUUGUGUUAUCACAGGCUGAACUCUCUGCAGGAUGUAUGAUUAAAGGCGGUUGCAGCUCAUUCUGAAAGUGUGUGUUGCAUGACUGUAUUAACUAUUAAACUGCAUUUAAAUGUAUAGAUGCACAACCCCAAUCAGAAAAGGUUGGGGCAGUAUGGAAAAAAGAAAAAAAGUUGUGAUUUCCAAAUUUUA